GACGAGAACAUGCGAUUAGUACGUUAUGCUCCUCAGGCGGAGGAUACUAUCGCUCUCGGCGUCUCUCAGGAGCUCCAAUCACGCCACCAGCGACGCUCUCUCCUCUCCUCCUCUUAACUUCUCAUCCUACGCGAAACCUCAAAUCGCCGCGGGAGACAUCCUAAUCCGCCAAGUAAAAGACUGGUUCAAAAACGACGCCGUACAACCACAAAGCCACCAAAACCUAAUCAACCAAAUCUCCGACAUCCUCAAAUCCCCCUCCAACGAUGACGACGACGACGACAGAGCUUUCUACCACAAACUCACCUCCCUCCACCUCCCCCUCUCCGAAAAGUUCGUCCUCGACGUCCUCAACCACACGCGCUACGACCUCCACUCGUGCCUCAAAUUCUUCGAUUGGGCCGCUCACCAGCCCGCCUUCCACCACACGCGCGCCACGUUCCACUCCAUCUUCAAGAUCCUCCGCGGCGCCAAUCAUUUCCGCCUCAUCAUCGAGUUCCUAGACGGGAGCGACGGCUUCGAAGGCUACCGCCACUCGCUGCGUCUCUGCGACGCGCUCGUGAUCGGUUACGCGGUCGCCGGACGCGCUGACGUGGCGCUUCGGCAUUUCGGGGGUAUGAGGUUUAGAGGAUUGGAUUUAGAUACGUUUGGGUAUCAUGUUUUGCUUAACGCGCUCGUGGAGGAGAAGUGUUUUGACACCGUUGAUGUGAUAUUCGAUCAGAUCUCAGCGCGUGGGUUUGUUUGCGCGGUUACGCAUUCGAUUUUGGUUAAGAAGAUGUGUAAGCAAGGGGAGGUUGAUGAGGCUGAGGUUUAUCUACGUGGCUUGUUGCCUGAUGACCCUGAUGGUUGUGGUGCUGGGUUAGGUAUUCUGGUUGAUACUCUUUGUUCGAAAGAGGAGUUUCAGAGAGUGACGAGGUUGUUAGAUGAUAUCAAAGUGGUUGGGACGGUUCCUAUGGAACGUGCUUAUAGUAUUUGGAUUAAGGCUCUUAUUGGAGCUGGGUUCUUGAAUAAUAUUGAAGGUUUCUUGCAGCAGAUUAGUCCUUUGGAAGGUUGUGAGAUAGAGGUUGUUAGGUAUAACUCUUUGAUCUCGAAGCUUUUGAAAGAGAACAAUCUUGGGAGUGUGUAUGAUAUCUUGACGGAGAUGAUGGUUCGUGGGGUUUUGCCUAAUAAGAAGACUAUGAAUGCUGCGUUGUGUUUCUUUUGUAAAGCUGGAUUGGUGGAUGAAGCGCUGGAGUUGUAUAGGUCGAGGUCUGAGAUUGGGUUUGCUCCUACUUCUAUGUCUUACAGCUAUCUGGUUCGUACUCUUUGUGGGGAUAGGCGUGUGGAGCAAGCUUAUGAUGUGUUUAAAGGAGCGAUGGACAGAGGGCAUUUUCUUGGUGCGAAGACGUUUUGUAUACUUGCGAAUGCUUUGUGCUGGAAUGGGAAGGCUGACAUGGCCAAGGAGCUGGUUAUCGUUGCCUCGGAGCGGGACGCGUUGCCUAAGUUUCUAGGUGGUUGCAAGAUUAUACCGGCUCUUUGCGAUGCUGGGAAAGUGGAUGACGCUAUUUUGAUUAAUGAGCUGUUCAAUAGAAGCGGUGUAGCUACUACGUUUGGAAUGUUUAUCAGCUUGAUAUAUGGUUCAAUCAGGUUGAUGAGGGGAGACAAAGCUGCUAAACUUAUUGUCAGAAUGCAGGAAAAGGGCUUCACCCCGACUUAUAGUCUCUAUCGAAAUGUUAUUCGAUGUGUUUGUGCGAUGGAAAGCGGUGACAGAAGCUGUUUCACUACGUUGCUGAACUAUCAGUUGUCUCGUUGGGAACACAAAGUUGGGACCUACAACCUAUUCAUUGAAGGAGCUGGGUUUGCAGGAAAUCCAAAACUUGCAAGAUUAGUGUAUGAUUUGAUAGGGAGAAAUGGUUUCACGCCAACACUAGAUUCAAACGUACUCAUGCUUCAGUGUUAUCUCAAAAACGAGAAGAUCGCUGAUGCCCUUGAGUUUUUCCAUGAUCUGCGGGGAAAAGGUGAGGUCAAAAGAAGACUAUACCAUGUAAUGAUUGUUGGCCUCUGUAGAGCAAAUAGAUUGGAUGAUGCUAUGCAUUUCUUGGAAGAGAUGAAAAGUGAAGGAAGACAUCCUAGCAUCGAGUGUUACGAAGUGCUCAUACAGAAACUGUGCAACAGAGAAAGGUAUGAGGAGGCAGUUGGGUUAGUCAAUGAGUUCAGGAAAAGCGGGCGGCGUAUUACAUCCUUCAUCGGUAACGUUCUUUUGUAUAACGCAAUAAAGAGCAAAGGGGUGUAUGAAGCAUGGACACAUAUGAGAGAUGUGGAAGAGAAGAUCCCUGAGAUGAAGGCUCUUGGUGAAUUGAUAGGAGUAUUCUCAGGACGAGUCGAAAUGGAAGGAGAAUUGAAGCGGUUAGAUGAAGUUAUAGAGAAAUGCUAUCCUCUGGAUAUGUACACAUACAAUAUGCUGUUGAAAAGGGUGGUAAUGAAUCAGGCGGAAGAUGCGUUUGAGUUGGUUGAAAGAAUAGCUCGAAGAGGGUAUAAGCCUAAUGAACGAACCGAAAGGAUCCUUGAUAGAGCUCGGCGCAUACUAGGUAAUCUCAACUCUCGGUCAAAUGGUUGGAAUAGCAGACAAGGACUACUUGAAUAUUGAAGAGUGUGUCGCGAGAAAGGUCAGGAUAGUUAAAUUAAGGAAUAAGGGAAAGAAUUUUUUUGGUUUGCGUUUUGGAUUAGCGACGAUAGGUGAUGGUGAGAAAGCCAUAUUCGUUUUAUGCUCCUCUGGUUUUUUGGAUCUCGUCGAAGGGUAGAUGUUGUAACUUGCAGAGGCUUUCUUGUCUUGCGAAAGAUGUGUUCUGUCUUUACGCAGAAGCUUUUGUUAGUGUCGUUUAAAGACACCCACCAAACUGAAUUGGGUGGUUAUUAGCAUGACAUCUUCAUGACAUCUUCAUUACAUACAAAAUGUUUGUAUUCUUUUCUAGAAACAAAAGUCCAUCUUCAACAGUUUAUUGUCAUAAUCUUUUAUUGUUUAUCAAAGGAAAUUUUAUGGUACUCGCCUUGGUUUAUAAUCGCUGUGUUUGUAUUUACAU